AUGCAUCGAAGUGGUAGUGGUAGUGGCAGUCCAAUCAACAACGACCUUCUUAACAACAACACUCUUAACAACAAUAAUAACAAACUCAAUAUUAUACAAAAGAGAACGAAUAUACUUAAAGAGAUAUUGUCUACAGAGUUGGCAUAUAAUACAUUCUUGUCGGUGUUGGUCAAUGUAUAUCUGGCAUCACUAAAGACAAUGGACAUCUUGUCAACUGAAGAGAUCGAUUCAAUAUUUGCAAACAUCGAAUCAAUCAAAUCUGCCAAUGAUGAGAUGUUGGCCAAACUCAAAUCACGUUUGGACACAACAUCAUCAUCAACUUCAAUCAGACCCAUAGUCACAGUACCCUCACCUUCAUUCUCCGCCCCUGCCUCUGCCACUGGCCCAUUAUCACCUGACACUGUAUCAUCACAACAACAACAACCCCUGGAAGUUGGCACAAUGACCACGACGACGCCCGCUGCUCCUCCUGAGUCCCCGGAUCAAUCAUCCAUGGAUCAAUUAUCCUUGGAGCAAUCAGUAUCAACAUCUGGAACAACCCCUUCAGCAUCUUCCAUAAUCAUACUAUCAGACAUAUUCAUUGAGUUGGGACCAUUCCUAAAGAUAUACUCCAUCUUUGUACACAACUAUUACAACAAAGCACUCAAGGCCAUCAAGCAUCACACAACAAACAGCAAGAAGUUUAGGACAUUUCUAAAUCAAUGUAAAUAUAAUCCCCAAGCAAAGAAGUUGGACUUGAAUGAUUUGAUGAUCAUGCCAGUGCAGAGAUUACCAAGAUAUAUCUUGUUGCUGGAGGAAUUGAUCCAGUACACUCCUACCAAUGAGAGUGAGCGCGAAGGUCUCAUUGCAGCCAAGCUCGUGAUGAAAGAUGUUGUAUCAUAUGUAAAUCAAACAACCAACAACAAUGGAGGCGACAACGAUUCCCAAAUAUCAUUGGCAGUAAUCCAACAAACACUUGGAUCAAAGGCAGCUGAUAUUAUACAACCGAAUAGGAAGUUGGUAAAGUCUGCUGAACUUGAUCGAUUGGUGAUCAACUCGGAAGGUGUACCAAAGAAGAAGAAGGUCACAGUAUACCUCUUCAAUGACAUUAUCGUCUAUGCUGUAAAUAACAAGUACUGGAGACAGAUCCAGCUAUCCGAAGUGUGGAUCAAGAUCAGGACAUUGGAGAUCUAUAAUAUGACAUGCGAGGUGUUCAGUCCUACACUCAGUUGUAUAUUCUUGAUGGAUGGAGUCAACACUGAAUGGCCAUUGUUGAUCCAGGAGACGAUAAACACUUUGUUGGAAUGUGAUCAAUCGGCCAAAGAGAAUAGAUUGAAGAUAUUGGAGAAUAUCAAGGAACAAGAGGGUUUGACAUUCGAAGAGAAACAGUUCUUCUUUGAAUCGAUGGCUAAUGGAGGCAGUGGCACUGUUGGUGGUGUACACUCACCCAAGACAUCAAAGCGAAGAAAGGCUCCUCGAGGAGCCUCGUCAAGAGCAAGCGUAAAGGUCGCACCAACCGGUGUGAUUGAGGAUGGAAUAGUGAGCGAUCGCAAGAAACGCAUCGAGCAACUAUUGUUGGAACGAAAGAACAUCCUGUCAAUGGAGAAGGAUGAGGAAGAGGAGACUGCCGUGGAGGGUGGCGGUGGUGUACAGAUGGAGGACCUUUAUAAAGGUGCUACUCAGCAUGAUACCAGCUCGCCACUCGCCACCAGCACACCAGAACGAUCUAGCAAGCGCCUCGCUGAGACAACCGGAUCACCUGCCCAUCGGUCCCCAUCCCUCACAUCCCUACUCCCCACGACCAAGUCCUUCCAACUUCAUUCACAAGCCAACAGGCUACAACAUAUCGCAUUGAUGAGGAAUGACAUCAAGAAGGAAGGAUACUUGACAAAGGUGGGCAACUUUGUUAAAACUUGGAAGAGGAGAUGGUUCAUUCUGGAGAAUGGCUAUUUGUUCUAUUUGAAGCAUCAGAGCUCUACGACUCAAUUGGGAACGAUUCCAUUGUUGGGCUCGACGAUCGAGUCAGUGUCCUACGAAUCAAAGUCGUUCAAUGUGGUGACAAACAAUCGAACUUACAUGAUGGUGGCCGACGCCGAGGAUGAUGUGCGUGAGUGGAUCACCGCCAUCAACCAGUACUUUGACGAGCGCAAGAGCAAUGUUCAAAAGAUACGCAGCCAGUUCCUCUCAUCAGUUCGUCCAUCGCCUUCAAAGGUCGGAGACUCUUGGAUACAUGCCAAUCCAAGUGCAAGGCUGUCAACAAGCAUCAACAGUAGUAGUGAUAGUAUUGAGGACAACUCAAUAAUGACAACAACGACAACAACAAACUAUGCAACUACCAAUAGGAAGAUGUUGGCCAAGUCUAGAUUGAUUAGUGAACAUCAUGAACAUGUGGCAGUCAGUGGUAUACUACGUAAAUGUUCACUGGUCUACUCCAACAACGCAUCUGGUGUGCCAUCGACACAUGCAACAACAUCAACAUUGGAGGACGAUGAAAGCGUAAAGCAACAGCAAUCCAACGAACACGACGAUGAGGUUGAUACAUCAGACUUCACCAUCACAAGCGAUGACGAUGCAGAUGACGACGACGACGAUGAUGAGGAUGACUCAACUCUCACAUCGGAUGAUGUUGAUGACAACUAA